CUCCUCAUACUGGGUCCGAACAUUUCGUCAAUUGAGCUGCGACCGCUAAGAACGUGAAAUGUAUCGCGGCAUAGUGAAAGUGUGUUCGGUGAUUUUGGUCGCAUUGACCAUUAUCGGAUACGGUGAGGCGGGUACACACCAUAUUCCGCCAUUGAACGGGGAGAAUCCUUCGGCGCGUUUAAUCGAUGGCAGAGUCGUUAAUAACGGUGUAUCGCGCGCUGUCUUGGACUAUCGUCUACCGAACACAACAGAACCAAUUCACUACGACAUUGAAUUGACUACGAAUGUUCAUAAUGGUACGACAAAAUUUACGGGUACUGUCAAAAUACAACUGAGAGUUGUCGAAGAUACAAGAACAAUAGUAUUGCAUGCACGUCAGUUGACCGGGUAUAUUGCUACCAUUAGAAACGCUACGAGUGAAACUGAAGAAGUUUUGACAACAUCCUAUGAAGAAGAACGAGAAUUUCUGAGCUUAACACCAACAAAUACGUCGCUGAACUUUUUGGCAGACAGCGAGUGGGUUCUAACCAUUUCUUAUGAAGGAGUACUACGUACGGAUAAUGGUGGUUUCUACUUAUCGACCUAUACAGAUUCCACUGGCAGGGAGCGCUAUUUAGCAACGACACAAUUCGAGUCAACCGAUGCCCGGCAUGCUUUCCCUUGCUACGAUGAGCCAGCCAAACGUGCUACAUUUAGUAUUGCGAUUAAUCACGAUGCUUCCUACAGUGCAAUAUCCAAUAUGCCACUAGAUGAAGUAAACUCCUCGCCCGGUUACUCCGUUUUCGAAAAAACCGUCAUUAUGCCAACCUAUUUGGUAGCAUUUAUCGUAUCCGAUUUUGAAUAUACCGAGGGUGUGCUAAGUGCACGCCCACAGCGUAUCUACACGCGUCCGGGUACCGUGCAGUACCAAGAAUUCGCAUUGGUUUCCGGUUUACUGUUGCUGCAACGUCUGGAAGACUAUUAUGGAGUGAAUUUUUCAUUGCCGAAAAUCUAUCAAGUUGGCGUGCCCGAUUUUGCUGCUGGUGCCAUGGAAAACUGGGGUUUGGCUACAUAUCGUGAACAGUAUAUGUUGUACAAUACCAAUUCAACGACCAAUACACAGACCAAUAUCGCCACUAUCAUAGCUCACGAAUACUGUCAUCAGUGGUUUGGCAAUUUGGUAGCCAUUAAAUGGUGGACGUACCUUUGGCUCAAGGAAGGUUUCGCAACACUGUUCUCCUGGCAGGCAACUGAUGCUGCCUACCCCGAAUGGGACGUCUAUCAAAUGUUCCUCACAGGUGACUACCAAACAGCACUCACUGCUGAUGGCACAGGCCAAAGGAAUCCAAUGACACAUUACGUUCAAACACCAAGUGAAAUUUCGUUGCGCUACGACUCGAUCUCAUAUUCAAAAGCAGGAUCCGUAUUGUACAUGUUUCAAAAUGCUUUUACCGACGAGGUCUUCCGCUUAGGAUUGAAUCUUUAUCUGACUUCAAAACAAUUUAGCGCCGCAGAGGAGUGGGACCUUUUCGAAUCACUCGGCAUUGCUGCGGGUGCUCUCAACGUGGCAAUUCCAGCCACCAUGCAUCAAAUGUUCUCAAGUUGGUCCCAACAGUCGGGUUAUCCCUUAUUAACAGUAACGCGUAAUUACGACAACAAAUCAUUCACCGUGAAGCAGACGGCCUUCUACGAGGAUAACUCAAAGGCAUCGGACAAAUCUUGGUAUAUUCCCUUCAAUUACGCACAUAAGUCAAAACCCGAUCAUCGCAAUACCACCGCCACACAUUUUCUACUCAAUGUCGAUGAAAUUGUUGUACGCGAUGAGGAUUUAGAUGCUGACGAUUGGCUAUUACUCAACAAACAGUCCACCGGUUUCUAUCGCAUUAAUUAUGAUGAUAAAAAUUGGGAGCUUCUUGCUAGCGCUUUAAAGACACAGCCAUACAAAUUCCAUCCACGUAAUCGUGCCCAACUGAUUUUUGAUGCUUACAAAUUCAGCUCCACUGGACGCCUCAGCCACUCGGUCUACUUGAACUUGUUGCAAUAUCUAACAAAUGAAGACCAAUAUGCACCAUGGACCACUGCUUACUCUGUCAUCUCGACAUUUAACAGAUAUCUUAACGGCGAUGAGGACUACGCUAAAUUCCAAUUCUUUAUCGCCGCUCUCGUUACAAACAUCUACGAGAAGUUGGGCGUAAACGAUGUAUCCGGCGAACAGCACCUUACGAAAUUCACACGAAAUGUCGUCAUUAAUCUUGCCUGCUUGGCCGGCAUUGAGAGUUGUCUUGAGGAAAGUAACAACAAAUUGAAAGCGCUUAUAAGCGAUGGUGUGUCAAUCGAGCCAAAUCUACAGAGCGUCAUCUAUUGCAAUGGCCUAGUCCAAUCUGGUGAUGAUGAAUUUACUUAUGUAUACAACGAACUUAUGGCAUCAGAUGAUCAAGCCUUGCGUCGUACAUUGGUCUCCUCCUUGGGUUGCUCAAGGACGGAAUCACAAUUGAAGAAAUUCGUAGAAAGCUCCAUUGAUCCGGCUGCCGAAUGGCGUACACAGGAGCGCAUCACCUUGCUUAGUGCAGCAUAUUCCAGAAAUAGUGUUGGCCUGUUGGUGUGUAUUGAUUUCCUCAAGGAGAACUGGUUGGCAUAUAGUAAUUUGACGCCCGGUUUCGGAGGAGAUAAUCCACUUAAUGAUGCAAUGCUGGGUAUUGCAAGCUAUGUGGUCAAUACGGAGCAAGAAACUAAAUAUUUGGAAUUGGUGGACCUCGUAAAAGACAGCGACAAAGUGCAAACCAAUUUGGAGGAGGUCGUAAAGAGCUCUAUUAAACAGAACUUUGAUUGGCUGAGCAGUAAUCGCGAACCGAUCAUGUCCUGGGUCAGUAAAUUUGCUGCCGAAAACAAUACUGGAGGCAAUGCUGCUGGACUCAGUGCUUCAUUCAUCACGCUAUUCGCAACGCUUGCAAUUGUUUUAGCGUGUUACUUUUAGAUUGUUAGCUUAAUAAAUGUACAAUAUUCUAAAUGUAUUUAUGUAUUUAUGUGUUUGUAAAU